AUGGCCCCAAAACGCCAGCAGUCAAUGCCACGGUUGGAGCUCUGUGCAGCGCUGACAGGAGCCCAGCUGUCCUCCCUCCUUCACAAAGAGCUCACCUUGUGUAUUGCCCAGACCUUCUUAUGGACUGACUGCACAACAGUUCUCACCUGGCUGACAUCUCAGUUGUGCAGGUUCAAGGUUUUCGUGGGAACUAGGGUUUCUGAGAUCCAGGAGCUGACUGCCUCACACACCUGGAGGGACCAGCAUUCCUUCGCAGUCCACCGGAUGAAUGGCCAUCCUGUCCUAGCAUCACAGAGCCAGAGGACCGUGACCAGCUCACCACCCAAGAUACCAGAUCUCACCCGGUUCAGCAGCUGGAGAGAGUUGGUCAAGGCUACGCAACAGUCUCUUCAUGGGGCGGCAGCUGACCCUGCUUCACCUCUGUGCGACCUAAGAGAUGCUGAAGUCCACCUGCUCAAAACCAGCCAAACAGACUGCUUCUCUGAAGAAAUUAGAUGCCUCAGAACCGGCAAGCCUGUGCCACCCAGCAGCAGGCUGAGUACGCUGGCCCCAGAAUUAGACCCUACACUGGGUCUUAUACGGGUUGGAGGACGCUUGCGCCGUUUAGACAGCUCUAGCCCCACUGACAUUCACCCAAUACUGAUGGAUCCCCGUCAUGCAGUCACCACACUCCUCAUUAAAGAGAUGGAUGCUCAGCUACACCGCCCUGGACCUGAUAGGGCAGGGGUGGGCAAUUCAUUUUCACCGGGGGCCGCAUGAGCAACCCGAGCACUGCUGGAGGGCCACACGACAAUAUUUCAAUUAAAUUUUGCUCAAUAUUGUUUUUGAUAUACCGUAAGAUAAAUAAUAAUGAUGAUAAUAAUAAUAAUUAUUAUUUAAUUUAACUUAACUUAACUUUAUACAAAAGCAGAUUGCUUUUGAUGGUUUUAUUUUUAACAC